AUGCAAGACUCGGCUGACACAGUCCAGUGUUGGAGGGUUGCAGCAAGUGGUGACUGGGAAAAAGUGUUUACAGGUUUCAGUUUCCGAGAGUACAGGCAGAUUCUUAUACAGGCCACUAUAGUGUACAUCAAACUAAAUGUAGAACAUUGUACUAAUCACAGGAUGGGACAAGCCUCAUCCAAAAAGGCAAAACCAAGUGAUGUAGAAGUGAUACUUGACCCCGAUAUUUACCACAGUGAACAUGGCAUAGUGUCCAUAGGGAGUAGCCAUCUUGAUUCAGAUAUUUCUUUCCCCAUUAAAUAUUCAGCUGAGCUUUGGCCUGCAUUGAAAUCUGCACUUAAGUUUCCUAAUACAGAGCUUCAAACAGGACACCAUGUAGGUGAUAUAGAUAUUGAUCAACAGUGUAUGAAGAUGCCAUACUUCACAGUAAUCUGGGCAGGUCUCAACAGCAGGGUACUCUUGUGCUCUCACCUACCAUUGGGACAUGUUCUGAAAGACAACUCCUCCAUGUUAAAUAUACUGACUGGUACCGCACUUUCAAAUACUUUGUCGGAACCAGGGAACCAGUAUGGAGAUUUACAACAAGUGAUAUCAACUGCAAAAGACUGUGUAGAUAAGCGAUUCCUGGUCGUAUUAGACUGUUACCAAGGUGAUACAGAAAACACUGAAAUCAUGGUGAAUAGGGCUGUUCCAACUGGUUCCUGAAGACUGAAAAUAAUGUCGUAAGGAUUCACUAGGGAAUUUCCAAUGAAAUGCAUCUCUAAAAUCUUAACUCAGUGUUAUAAAACUGAACUUAGAGACUAGUCGCAGAAUGUAUAGUGUAAUAAUUAUUGAAAUUUCAUGAUCAUGCAUGCUCGGAAAAAACUUAUCAGGUAAGUCUGUUUUGAAACUGUUCAAGGAAUGUGUCAUUGUCACUAGUGAUAUUCAAGAGUGCACACAGAAACAGUCAGUGAGAUGCUUGAGGUUGGUCUUUAGCAUGUGUUCUAAGUGUAAGCUGCAGUAUUUAAAAGCUGUGUUCAAGGGUUAAAUUUUUAUGUGUGAAUGUUAUUUUAGCACACAUUUUUGUGUAUUUUAAAAUUUGUUCGAAACAGACAAAACAACGUUAGAUUUAGCCAUAAGUUCACAUGUCUUUAUUUGCGUACAAUGAACUGUGUUUACAGUAUAUAAUAAAAGAAGAAAUGGAACAGGUAUUUCUUAAGUGUUCACGAUUUGAUGAAGCAGUACAAAUUAUAAAAGAUUUAAGUUGAUAAAGCAUUACACAAUAGAUUUCUGAACUUGGACUUGCCCUGUUAAUUUUUAUGCCCUCGGCAUCUACUGAUGCGGGAGGCAUAUAGUGAUUGUCCUGUCCGUUCGUUUGUCCAUCCGUCCGUACGAGGUUAACAAAUGGGACAGUUUCGUCUAGCAUCAAUACCCCUUACUAGAAUGACUUGAUACUAAUGCAGAUGUAACCUGUGACCAUUCCUCAUCUUCAGACAUCACCUUACCUCAGUUUGACCUUGACUUUGACCUCAUUUUGGACUAAGGUUGCUUUAUAUGGGCCAUCUCUUGGUUAACCAAAUGGGACUGUUUUGUCUAGCAUCAAUACCCCUUACAAGAAUGAAUUGAUACUAAUACAGAUGUAACCUGUGACCAUUCCUCAUCUUCAGACAUCACCUGACCUCAGUUUGACCUUGACCUUGACCUCGUUUUGGACUUAGGUGCAAAAUCUAUCGACAAGGAUGCCAGCGGGGGCAUCAAGCGUUUAUUGAACGCAGCACCUUGUUUUUAUAGAAAGGUAGAUGUCUAAAUGAUAAGCGUUAUUUUAUAUCAUCUAUUUCAUAGUCCUAAAGAACAUGUCUUUUUUUAUACGCCCGUUUGAAAAACGGGAUGCAUUAUGGGAACGCCCUUGUCGGGUGGGCGGGCGGUUGGUUUGACGGGUGGCAUCCACAUUAUUUGUCCGGAGCAUAUCUUCUUCAUGCAUGGAGGGAUUUUGAUGAAUCUUGGCACAAUUGUUCACUAUUAUGAGACGGGGUGUCUUGUGCAAGAACCAGGUCCCUAGGUCUAAGGUCAAGGUCACACUUAAAGGUCAAAGGUGAAAUUCAAGAAUGACUUUGUCCGGAGAUUAUCUUCUUCAUGUAUUAAGGGAUUUUGAUGUAACUUGGGGCAAUUGUUCACCAUCAUGAGACGGAGUGUCAUGCGCAAAAACCAAGUCCCUAGGUCUAAGGUCAAGGUCACAGAGGUCAAAGGAUACUAGAAUGAAAACUUUUUCGGAGCAUUUCUUCUUCAUGCAUGGAGGGAUUUUGAUAUAACUUGGCACAAAUGUUCACCACCAUGAGGUGGAAUGUCAUACACAAGAACCAGGUCCCUAGGUCUAAGGUCAAGGUCACAGAGGUCAAACGUCAAAUUCAAGAAUAUCCGGAGCAUUUCUUCUUUAUGCAUGGAGGGAUUUUGAUGUAACUUGGCAGAAUUGUUCACCAUCAUGAGACGGAGUGUCAUGUGCAAGAACCAGGUCCCUAGGUCUAAGGUCAAGGUCACACUUAGAGGUCAAAGGAUACAAGAAUGAAAACCUUGUCCGAAGCAUUUCUUCUUCAUGCAUGGAGGGAUUUUGAUAUAACUUGGCAGAAAUGUUCACCAUCACGAGAUAAAGUGUCAUGCGCAAGAACCAGGCCCCUAGGUCUAAGGUCAAGUUCAAACUUAGAGGCCAACGGUCAGAUACAAGAAUGACUUUGUCCGGAGCAUUUCUUCUUCAUGCAUGGAGAGAUUUGGAUGUAACCUGGCACAAUUGUACACCAUCAUGAGACAGUGUCAUCGCAGGUCCCUUUGUUAGAAUUACUUUCCUUUGUUGUUACUAUAUAUUGUAACUUUUUCAUUACUAGUGGUAGGGAAAAAUCGAGACCACUUUUUUUUGUAGUACAACAUGCAUGUUACAUCAAAUUUUGAGGUGUAUUUUGACCUAUCUCUACCAGGUAAGGAUUUUUAUAGGGACUAACAAUUGUUGCGGGGUUGUGGGGGGGAGGGGGGAGGGAUUUUUUUUGUAUAUACAAGAUUACCUUCCCUUAGUUGUUACUAUUAAUAACUUAUAUUCUAACUUUUUUAUAAUUGACCCAUUAUCUGUGGUACAACAUUGAUGUAGGGGCCUCCAUGGCCGAGUGGUUAAGGUCGCUGACUUCAAAUCACUUGCCCCUCAUCGAUAUGGGUUCGAGCCUCACUCGGGGCGUUGAAUUCUUCAUGUGAGGAAGCCAUCCAGCUGGCUUACGGAAUGUCGGUGGUUCUACCCAGGUGCCCGCUCGUGAUGAAAUAAUGCACGGAGGGGCACCUGGGGUCUUCCUCCACCAUUAAAGCUGGAAAGUUGCCAUAUGACCUAUCAUGUGUCGGUGCGACAUUAAAUAAAAAAAAAAAAAAAAAAAAAAGAAACAUUAGAUGUUACUUUCAAAUUUUAGGCGAUUUUAAGGUAUCUCUACCUGUUAAGGAGUUUUUUUGUGGACUUAAAAAACCCCAAAAGAAUUACAAUAAACCACAAAAUUAAAAUUCCAUUUGUAAAUACAAGUGCUAGUGUAAAGAAAUUUGCUGUGACAGGUGUAUAUUGUGACAUUCUGGCACUCUUGUUAGUAUACCAGAUUUUGUUUAAAAUAUAAACAAUGAGGGUUGUCUUGUAAUAAUAUUAUCUUUGAGGUUGUAACUGUUUAAUUUAGGAAUAUGGACAAAAGGGUGAACAUUGAGAAAGCUGUUGAGUGUCGUGGUGACAGCACAGUUUUCCUUAAAUAUCUUGAGAUCCUCUUAAGCAAAGGUCUUUAAACUUGACAGGCACGUUGCAUAUGAUCUUAGUGAGUAGCAUGAUUGGAGGUUAGUGGUCAAGGUCAGAGUGGUUAUUAUGGAAAAAAACAUUUCCUGCUCAUUAAUCAACUCUUGACCUGAGCACCUAUUGCUUUUCAGGCACAUUGACCAAGGGAAGUGGGUUACACCUACUGAUUUUGAGUAUAGUGUAAGAGGUCAAGGUUAGACUGACUACUGCUACAAAUCCAUUUCUAGUAUAAAUAAUUUCUUCAGUAUAUUUUAAGAAAGAUUUUAUAGGCAACUAACUAACUUUGCGGGCACAAUGCCAGGGAGUAGUAGACGAUAUUCCAAUUGAUAAUGGGGUCAAGGUCACAUUGGUUGUUCUUAUCAAAACUUUUCUGUCCAAUAUUCUGAGAGUGACUAGACCUACGACCCCAAAACAUAGCAGGCAAUUUGCUAGUUGUUGGUGAAUGAUGUAAAAUUUAGGUCAGUGGGUCUUAAGGUCACAGUGACACUUAGUUAAAAAAGAACAUUCCCCAUGGACCCCUCUUGAUUUUGAAGUUUGUUAGUCAAAGGUCAAAGUCGUGUAAAGUGUUCAAAUGGACUUAUUGAUUGAUGGUGUUUUUCAAUCAUCCGUCUGUUUGCAACUUAGUGCUGCUCAAUAACUUCAGAAUGCUUUGACCUGUGAUUCUCUUUGAUAAGUACAUUAGUACGGGCGUGUUUUGCUCGAGAUCAGUACAAUAGCUCUCUUGUUAG